AACCACACACUGUUGCCUAAGAGACCCCGGAUGCCAGCGACAGGAUUUAUAGAUGGUGAUUGGACUGCUGGAAGCGGUGAGGUGGGGGCUGGAAGGAGCUGAAGAAAGCUGUCCUAGUGGAACGAUGGCAACCCCAGAGCCAGAGGCUUGAAAAGGAGGCGAGCCGCUGAGGUGUAGUCUUUUUAUGGAAAAUACCAGGUCAUUUCGUGAUGGCGUUUGCACCUCCAAAAAGCAUCGAUGGCCCCAAAAUGCAGACAAAGAUGAGCACCUGGACACCUCUAAACCAUCAGCUUCUGAAUGACCAGGUAUUUGAAGAACGAAGAGCUCUGCUUGGAAAAUGGUUUGACAAAUGGACAGACUCUCAAAGGAGAAGAAUUCUUACAAGCCUGCUAGAACGCUGCUCCCUGUCCCAGAAGAAGUUCUGUUGUCGAAAGCUGCAGGAAAAAAUCCCAGCAGAGGCCGUGGACUUUACCACCAAGCUUCCACGGGUGUUAUCUGUCUAUAUCUUUUCCUUCCUGGAUCCCCGGAGCCUUUGCCGUUGCGCGCAGGUGAGCUGGUACUGGAAGAGCUUGGCUGAGCUGGACCAGCUCUGGAUGCCCAAGUGCCUGCGCUUUAACUGGUACAUCAGCUUCUCCCCAACACCCUUCGAGCAGGGCAUCUGGAAAAAGCACUACAUUCAGAUGGUGAGAGAACUUCACAUCACCAAACCCAAGACACCUCCAAAGGAUGGAUUCAUGAUUGCUGAUGUUCAGCCAGUUUCUGGCAGUUCUCCAGAAGAAAAGCAGUCCCCUUCCUUAGCUUUGCGGUCCUCCUCCUCUUUAAGAAAGAAGAAUAACCCAGGGGAGAAAGAGCUUCCACCAUGGCGGUCGUCAGAUAAGCACCCCACUGACAUCAUCCGCUUUAACUACCUAGACAACUGUGACCCUGAGCACCUCUGGAAAGGAAGAAGAAAAAGAAACGAAAUGAACCCAGACUUCAAGCGGCAGUUGCGAGAUAAGAAAAAUCAGCUUCAGGGUAGAGCCAGGCUCAGGAAAGCACGGUCCCUGAUGUCCCUGAGUUCCCCUCCUAAAGUUCCAGUUUGUCUCUCCUGGCCUCUUCAUCUGCCAAUGGAACUCUCAGAUCCUGAAACAGCAACUAAUAUUCUCAUGGAGCACUUUCAGAAACACCCUGGGCUUCAGUCAUCCCCCUCGGAGGUUCCAAAGUCAAAGCUGAUUUGAGGGUAGAAAAGGGCUUUUCUAGAAAUGACCAGGUAUUCGUCACAGCUGAGAGUUGGAUUCUAGCUAGUCCAUUAAACUCUUUUGGUUUCAGUA